UCCCCAUUCAUGAUUCUUUUUCAUCAUCAAGCUCAAGCAUUAUCAAUUUAGCCAUCAAAGGUCUCUAAUUUUCUCAUUUAGUUUCUUGUUUACAGUCUUCAAAGGAAAAAAUGGCAAUGCUCAGUGCUAAGAAACUCAUCAAGAUGGCCAGGAAAUGGCAGAAGUUUGCAGCCAUGCAGAGGAAGAGGAUUUCAUUUCCAAGAAAUGGUAGUGAUGCAGACAGUUGCAGUACAUCUUCAUCAUCUACAGUUGAGAAAGGCCAUUUUGUAGUAUAUACAACUGAUCAAGCCCGUUUUGUCGUUCCCUUGGCUUACCUUGAAAAUGAGGUCAUAAAGAAACUUUUGAGCAUGUCUGAAGAAGAGUUUGGGUUGCCGAGUGGUGGCCCUAUUAAAUUACCAUGUGAUUCAGCCUUCAUGAGCUAUAUCAUUUCACUAAUCAAGAAAAGUGUAGCUGCGGGAGAUCUUCACAAAGCAGUGCUCCUCACGAUUCCUUCAUGCUGCUGUUCGACUUUUUCUAUGCACCAAAAAAUUGGAAGCCGACAACUUCUUGUUUAUUGAGUCAAGGACAACAUAUUUUUCGCAGAUGGCCAAAAUAGUAUGUAGAGAAGUAGACAUUUAAAAAUGCACAAUUGUAUAGAACAUCAUACAAAUUGAAUACUACUUCAUUUAAAAAUUCACCAUAUUCAUGAGUCAUGGCUUUCACUUUUUUAUUUUUUUAAGAGAAGUCCUAAGCAUCUAAUGUUGGAUUUUGGAACCUCCUUGACAGAAGGAGUAGAUAAUAUGAAAAUUUGACACCGAGUAGAUCAAUCAAUUAACAAUAAUUCAGCUAUCUCAAACCCCAACAGUUUAGUCUCAAUUAUAUGAAUCACCUUUAAGCAUUA